UUCCUUCCUCGUGCCGUAAUAGACCAAUAAGGUGGCGCUUUACAUCAUACCAGGAAUUAGGAAAAACAUUAUUGACCCUAUUAAGCUGGAAUGUCAGACUCGCAUUAGUCAGAAGUUGGUAUUUUCACAAUCUUUUUUCUUCUUUCCUUAGAUCUAGGAAUAGUCGUCCCAACAGAAAGAAGAAGGAAACUGCAGAUCCCAUAUUUCAUGCAUUAGAUAUACAAAACUCUCUUUCUUCCUCCUCUCUUGUUCAUAUGAUAUGAUCAUUUGAAACAAGGAGAAAAAAAUAAUAAAACCCCAGAAAAAAAAUCAUUUCUUUUUUAUUUGAUUAGUGUAUAGAGAGGGAUAUAGAUAUAGAUAAAUAUAGGGAGAUGGGUAUUCAGGAAAAUGGGAAUGGGGAUGUUCUAAAGUAUAAGAGGAUGGAUUCUGAUGCAGUGGAAGAGGAUGGUGUAUUAUGUGAAGAAAAAGGAAAUGACAGCAGCAGAAAAUAUGUUUUGGUUUGUGCUAUCUUUGCCUCACUUAAUUCUGUGCUCCUUGGAUAUGGUUGAUGUUGGUGUUAUGAGUGGAGCUAUUAUCUUCAUUCAGCAAGAUUUGAAAAUUACUGAAGUGCAAGAGGAAGUCCUUGUUGGAAUCCUAAGCAUAAUUUCGCUUUUUGGGAGUUUAGCAGGAGGAAAAACAUCAGAUGCCAUUGGCAGGAAAUGGACCAUGGCUUUUGCAGCCAUUGUGUUUCAAUCUGGAGCUCUUAUAAUGGCUCUUGCUCCUAAUUUCAAGGUGUUAAUGAUAGGAAGGUUUUUGGCUGGAAUUGGUAUUGGUUUUGGAGUAAUGAUUGCUCCUGUUUAUAUAGCUGAGAUAUCACCUACAGUUGCCAGGGGAUCAUUUACUUCUUUCCCUGAGAUAUUCAUAAAUCUUGGAAUUCUUUUAGGUUAUGUUUCGAAUUAUGCUUUUUCUGGUUUAUCCCCUCAUAUAAAUUGGAGAGUCAUGCUUGGUGUGGGGACUCUCCCCUCAGUUUUUAUUGGAAUCGCUCUAUUUGUUAUUCCUGAAUCACCUAGGUGGUUGGUGAUGAAAAAUCGGAUUGAUGAAGCGAGGGUGGUGUUAUUAAAAACUAAUGAAAAUGCAAAUGAAGUGGAGGAGAGGUUAGCAGAAAUUCAACAAGCUGCAGGGCAUGUUAAUGCAGAGAAAUAUGAAGAGAAAGCCGUGUGGCGUGAACUGCUAAAUCCUUCACCUGGAGUUAGAAGAAUGCUGAUUACAGGUUGUGGGAUACAGUGUUUUCAACAGGUCACAGGUAUAGAUGCAACUGUAUAUUAUAGUCCAACAAUUUUUAAGGAUGCCGGGAUUAAGGGUAACACUCAACUCCUGGCUGCUACUGUUGCUGUUGGAUUCACAAAGACAAUAUUCAUUUUGAUAGCCAUAUUUCUAAUUGACAAAGUUGGUAGGAAACCUUUGUUAUAUGUCAGUACAAUUGGUAUGACUACUUGUCUGUUUGGUCUUGGACUCACACUUUCUUUACUGGGGAAUGGUUCAGUUGGUAUCAAAUUGGCAAUUUUAUGUGUAUGUGGAAAUGUAGCAUUCUUUUCUGUGGGGAUUGGUCCAAUUUGUUGGGUCUUGACAUCAGAAAUCUUCCCUUUAAGACUUAGAGCCCAAGCAUCGGCUCUUGGUGCAGUGGGGAGUAGAGUUAGUAGUGGUGUGGUUGCAAUGUCUUUCCUCUCCGUUUCUCGCAUGAUUACAGUAGGAGGAACAUUUUUUGUAUUUGCUGCUAUAUCAGCACUCUCUGUUGCUUUUGUUCAUAAAUGUGUUCCAGAAACAAAGGGGAAAUCGUUGGAAGAAAUCGAAAUGAUGUUCCAGAAUAAUAGGCCACAGCAAGGUGGUGAAUUGGAGCUUGAAGAUGUCAAACAUCUAAUGCAGACACAAUGAAGAGGCAUAAGAUAUCAUAGUAUAAUAGGCCAACUUCGAAAUGAUGUUCCAGAAAUCGAAAUGAUGUUCCAGAAUAAUAGGCCACAGCAAGGUGGUGAGUUGGCAUAAGAUAUCAUAGUUUUAUCAGCAGUGAAAAGAAAGUUGGCAUUUGCUCGCGAAACACUUAUCAAACUUGCCAACUUCAUAAUAUUUGUGAAUUGCAUCACACAAUAAGAUAAAGAUAUAAAAAAAAAUUAUACUCAUUCGUCGUUAGGGCUGAAGCUGUCUUGUACCUUGAUGACAUUGGAAUAUUUGAUAUCUAGAAACUGAGAAGUUAGAAGGAAUACAUAGACUUUCCUCCUCUUCCUCCUCCUUUUAUUUUUAUUUUUAUUUUUAUUUUGUAGAAACAAGAGAGUAGUGAUAUUGAACACCUGUAUAUAGGUUCAAAUUGGUAUUUUACAGACUUUUGUUGAACCACUGUUUUCUUCUUCUUCUUCUUCUUCUUUUUUCUUAGCAUUAUUGUGAGUUACAGUGGAUUACAUUACCUUGUA